AUGUCAUAUUACGAUAUUGACGAUAUUCUAGCUGAUGCGGAGAAACUACCCUGCCAAUUCAACCACACUAUUCCUGGUUUGGGCUACCUCGAAGGUAAUCCCGGAAAGCCAAUUCAAAAGGGAACCAAACUCGAACUACCAUUCUGGCUAGCACAAAUCCUUGCGGUGCUAGAUGUACAUUCCUCCUCCGACUCAACUUCGUUUAUUUCAUUGAUCGAUCCCGACUUCAUCAACGAUAAGGUCCUAAAUGCUAUUAAAACUGAUGCCAAAUCGCUCGACUUGCAUAAAUUAUCGUCACAAUAUUAUUCCAUGAUUAUCAAAUGGGGCAAAUUGUUUUAUGAACCGAAAUUGAUUGAGCAAGCUAUGGAGAUGAUAAAAGAGCGAAGUUUUGAAAUCAACAACUAUGCAAGCAAUAUUCAUUCAAAACAUUUCAAUACUGAGUUUAUUUACACUUUGGAUGAAUUUGAAAAAAAAUUGUUUAGAGACACUAGUGACAGUAAUAAGCUAAUGAGACAAUGGUUAAAGGAGUAA